UUUUAAUUCAAACUUUCCCCACUAAUCCAAAUUUCCAACUUCCUCCAUAUUUCCUAUUCAAAUUUCCAUUUAUCGUGUCGGGAAAAUUAAAAAGACAGACCCUUUCCAGUUUUUUUCAUCAUCACUCUGUUGUUGUGACAGGACGCGUCAAACAGUUACUGGGUCUCAAAAUUUUCCCACAAUCGAACACCGUUUCUUCAAAAUCUCUCACGCGGUAUAGAAUCAAAGCACAGGAAGCAGCUGCAAUUGGAGAAAUAAUAUUUGUGGAUCUCGAUCUCCCCAUUUGCCGUCUUCCAUGGCUAGACCUUCAUGGCUGGUAGACAGCAAUAGAAUUGCAACAAAAAUUAAGAGUGCAUCUGGAACAAGCAAUCCUCGAGGCAUUGAAUGGAAAAGCAACCCGAGCAAAAGUUGUCCGAAUUGCCAACAUAUAAUUGAUAACAGUGAUGUUGCUCAAGAGUGGCCAGGCUUACCUAGAGGUGUAAAAUUUGAUCCUUCUGAUCAAGAAAUUAUAUGGCAUCUGCUAGCCAAAGUUGGCAUUGGUGGUUCAAGGCCGCAUCCCUUCAUUGAUGAGUUUAUACCAACUGUUUUUGAAGAUGACGGCAUAUGUUAUACCCAUCCUCAAAAAUUACCAGGUGUUAAGCAAGAUGGCAGUGUAUCCCACUUCUUUCACAGAGCAAUCAAGGCAUACAAUACUGGGACUCGAAAGCGUAGGAAGAUUACGGAUGAUGAUUUUGGUGAUGUUCGCUGGCAUAAGACUGGAAAGACAAAACCAGUGGUCAUCGACGGGGUUCAAAAAGGGUGCAAGAAGAUCAUGGUUCUAUACAUGAGCUUUGCUAAAGGAGGUAGGGCUGAGAAAACCAAUUGGGUUAUGCACCAAUAUCACUUAGGGACAGAGGAAGAUGAGAGGGAUGGGGAAUAUGUCAUUUCCAAAAUAUUUCACCAGCAACAAAAUGUUAAGCCGGGUGAAGUCAUUGAACAGGAAGUCCCUGAAAUCAUUGAUACCAUAAAAGUCGAUCCCCGAACUCCGAAAUCUGCAACUCCAGAGCCUCCUCGCAUUGAAAGUAGAUCUGUGAAUGCCGAUCCAGAACAAGAUUCUGUUAUCACUUCCACUAGUGCCCUUGCUGAGGUUCCACCAGAAUUUGAGAACUCAGAUAAAAACGGUAUGAUCAAGCCAGAUGGUUGCUCCGGUGAAGUGAUUGACGAUAAUGACAAUCACAUCGAGGAAGAACCAAAAUGGUGGGAAGGAGAGUCACAGAACAUAUUAGAUUCCCAACAACUUGUAGAAGCAUUGUCUCUGUGUGACGAUCUCCUUCAGAGCCAGUCUCCCCAUAGGGAUGGGAAUUCUAACCAUGGCCCAUCGGGGAGCAAGUCUUGCUUUUCUGAAUAUGCAAAAUUAGGACCAGAGGAUCUAAAGAAGGAUCUAGAAGAGUGCCAAAAUCUUGUCCUUGAUCCUUCAAACAUCGAUCUUGACACACCUCCAGAGUUCCGACUUAGCCAGCUUGAUUUCGGUUCGCAAGAAAGCUUUUUGGCUUGGGGUGGUAAGGCAGCAGAAUAAAUAACUACUGUGGUGCCCUGCCUGCAACCUUUUUGUUUUUGUGGAACUCUAAAGUGAUGUAUUUUGAUGAUCAAUUUUUUGGCGACGAGCUUCAAGCAAUUGCAAACCGAACUUCCUUUGUAAAUUCGUGUGUUUUAAAUUUCAUUGACUUCGUUAAACGCUUGUAACAAACAGAGGAGUAACCCAUUGUUAAUUUUGUUAUGGGACAUUGAAAGGAACAAGACAUUUGUAAAGAAAA